CAUUAACUUACAAACAAACAUGGCGGCCAUCUAGUCUGUACAAACGACGGUAUGUGAGAUAGUUACAGUUUUAGUCGCCUGCUGCUGUAUCAAUAGAAUGUAGCUGUCACACACAAUAUAGCCUAGUGCUGUAAGAAUUAUUCGAUGCCAUGGUGCUGUAAAAGCCUCUGCUUCCCCUAGCGAUGAACGCUAAUCAGAUUUCACAUCACGCGCGUCAGAUCGAGAAGCUUCACUGCGAGGGUGACUACGACGCCGUGCGCUCUCUGCUGAGGGACCUGGAGCGCGCGCCCGUCACGCUGGAACUGCUUCGGGAAACGGGCGUGGCCAAAGUGCUGCACCAGGUCCUGAGGACCUGCCCCGUCGCCACGGCGAGGAAAGCGGCCAAGCUCCUGCUGUCGGGGUGGAGGAAGCGGUGCGGCGGUGGGGCGCCGGUUUCCACAGGAAGCCGCUGUCAUCGGCGGGGAGAGGCCGAGGACCGCGCCCGAGGCCGGGGGGGCAGCGGGGAGCGCCGGGGCGGAGACGGCUCUCGCUCCCCUGGCAGCUCUGAUGAAGAGGAGGAGGAAGACAGAGAGAGGAAGAGGCUCCUAACUGAAGAGGGGAGCGGCGUUUCGGAGGUGACGCGGGAAGCGGCCCGAUCUGUGGAGGACAGCGCGGUGGGCGCGUCUGCUUCGGACAGAGGCGGUGAUGUCACGGUGACAUCAUCAGUGACCUCACCGGUGGAGUUCACGCAGGGGCCUGCGGAGACUGCCCAAAUCGCCACGACUCCCUCGUCGUCCCCGAACAGCGACGCCUCGCCCCUGAGGUCCAAAAGCACGCAGCUGCUCCUCCAGGCUCUGGGGCCGGAGGGGGCCGGCGGGGACGGGCCGGCCCCCGAUCUCUCAGCGCUGGCCCGGGACAUCGAGGAGCACGUCUUCCUGCUGCACGGCCGGAACGAGCCCAAGUACAGGUCCUGCGUCCGGAGCAAAGUCUCCAACCUGAGGAACCGUGGGAGCCCCCACCUGAGGGAGGGUCUGCUGCAGGGCACGCUGGGCCCGGAGGCCUUCGCCCGCAUGUCCGCCGCCGAGAUGGCCGGUCGGGAGCUGCAGGAGCUGAGGCGCGAGUACACGAAGUCGGCCAUCCGUGAGCACCAGCGCCCCCUGGGGGUGGAGGGCACCGCGACGGACAAGGUGCGGUGCAGGCGCUGCGACGGCUUCGACUGCAGGGUGACGCAGAUCUCCCGGGGCGCCCUGUUCCUGCCCGGGUGGGUGCGUAGCGGGAACCCAGACGAGGACACCAUGACCUUUAUGACCUGCGCUGGCUGCGGGGAGCAGUGGUACCACUCCGGCUGGGUCUGUCUGUGACGAGGUCGGGGCGAACGGGAGUGUUCCUCACUCGAUGUUUUGCUUAUUACGUCUCAAUAAAGUCUUCGGUUCAAUCCAAGUUUAUCACCGUCUGGUCUUCGUUGAUAUUGUGGAAUGUGACUAUGAAUUAUCUGUAUUGCCAACAAAACUCAAUGGUGCCUAUUAGUUCUAGUCACAAGAAAUCAGUAGUGUGACGUUACCAUAAACUGGGUUAAUUCUGUAAAUUAGGAAGGCUCAGACAGGUGGAGAAUUGCUAGCACUUUUUUUUAUUGCCCUCUUGUUUAAUUGACCGCUUAGCUGUGAGGGGCUGUUUUUAGAAACUGUGGCGCUACAGGAAGCAGAGGAGUUCAUAGCAGAUUUAUUUGGAACACAGAUGGGCUCAUUAGGUCUGUGUUCCAAAUAGAUCAUGUGACUGCAGUAGAGCAUGCAGAGCAUGUGACCAAGCGUGCCCUCACCACCGCGCGCUGAACUCUGGUGAACCUCUCACAGGAACUGCAUACAUCGCGGGUCAGGAGUACUCAAGUCUGAGGGGGUAUUUCACGAAGCGGGAUUACUGAGUCAGCUGGAUGACUGCGCUGAGUAAAACCCCUUUUUACUUCAGUCCCUGUUCCAGAUUUGGGGGAGUUCCAGGUCUUUACUCAGUGCAGUUAUUAAGAAUGAAAACCAGGCAAUACUACUGGCCUUGAGGGUCAGGUUUGAGCGUCCCUGUUGCCGAUAUUUUUGUUGUUGGAUGUCACCUUUUACUUUAAGAUUUUUUUUUUUUUUUUUUAAAUAGAUUUGGGAUUGUCAAUGAGUGGCUAUACUCUUCUGGAGUAGAUGAUCUUAAUAUGAUUUGCAUUUAUUAAAUGUGCUUACUGUG